ACUCAUUUCUAGCGGAGCAUCUGUCCGUCGCGUCGCUGUUGUAAUGAGUCAAUGAGCAGUGACACAAUAAUAUGAUCAGAGACUGACUGAAGAGGCGCACGAUGAGGACGUUGCUGUGUGUGUUGCUGCUGGCAUUCGCAGUUGUGCAAGCUGAGUUGGAUCCUAACGAUCUACAAAAUAAAUUUUCCGAGCUGGGCUACGAUGGUCCAAGUCCUCCUUCAGUGGAACAAGGUCAAAAAGCCUUUGAAGAUCAGUGCAGAAAAAAUGGAGGCGAGGAAGCCGUUGAAAACGGAAAGAAAGCACAACAGGAGAUGGUCGAUUGCGUCCAGUCUCUGAUAAACGUUACUGCUGUCAAUGCAGAAAUCGAGGAGGCCAAACCGACUGGCGAGUUGGAUGCCGUGUUCAAAAAAUACUGCAGAAAAACGCCAGAUUUGAUGAAGUGCACUGAAAAGUUGACCGAGAACAUUGACGGGUGUCUGGCCGAGGAUCAGAAGAAAGUGUCGGGCAUUGUUUUAAAUGUUUCUCGCACUUUGCUCAACUUCACUUGCUUUAAGGAAGGAGACAGAAUUGCUUUGUUCAUCGCAGAAGGAGGGCCGGAAUGCCUCGAAUCCAAGAAGGAGGGAAUCCAGAAGUGUUUGAAUCAAACAUUUGGAAAGUACGCCAAUUCCUUUGCCCAAGCCAACCUCACUGACCUCUCCAAUUUCAACCUGCCAUUGGUGCUGUUUGACGAAGGACAGUGCGAUGAAAUUGAUGAAGCUGCUCAGUGCGUGGUCAAAGUUUUGGAAGAAUGCAAGGAUCCUACACCAGCGAAUGUGGUAGAAAGUGUUUUGAAAGUGGUGAAAAAAGUGAUUCCGUGCAAACAGCAGUCACACCAACCAGUCACAAGUAAAGACUUGAAUGCCAAAAGUAGUUCCUCGAUGAAGACUCCUAUGAUGAUUGCUGUACUAGCUUCAGUUGUUUCUACAUUCGUCGGUCAUUUUUAAUUUUUUAGCGUUAGAAAAUUUUUUCUAAAUUUUUUACUUGUGUUUGGUGUCAUAUUGCAUUCUUACAAUUCCUCCGACAAUGGUGAAUUUUCCACAUCGAAAUAUUUGUUGUAUCCUUUCCUAGUUAAAAAAAUGUUGAUUAUAGGGUGAAAUCGGGAAAGGAUGAGGUGUAAUUGGCAGUGAAAAGUUACCAUUUUGAUUUUCACAUAUGUUGUUGGGGUUGUUGAAAGGUAGCUUCUCCUAAAUUUUCAGCUUAAAAUAUGGUGCGCUUUUCCGGGAAAUCGGAUUUUUCCAAAAACAGAAAAUAUUGAAUAUCUUUGCUAAAAAUGAGAAUAUAUGAAUGCUCUUUUCACUACCAGACGUAACUUUUCACGCCCGACAACUUUGCUGUUGAUUAUUUUUGCGUAGGUCAAAGGUCAAGGUCACUAAUUAGCAAAUUUCACUUUCAAACGCAAUUUUCGCAAAGAAGCACACCUUGGAUUUUUUUUGUGAUAUACAAAACAAUGUAGCCCUAAGUGUGUAGAACAAAAUACUUGAUUUUCAGAUUGGUAACUUUUUCUGUUUAAUUGAUAUUUUUAAUUGAAAAUAAAAAACAGUGAAAAAUCGCUUUUCCGCAAACGAAAUUAAUUUUCAAACAGCGAUAAUUUAUUUUCUGCUAGAGAUACGCAAAAACAUGUAAGUACAAAAAGUUUUUCUAAUGACCUAACCUAUCGAACCAUGUAUCGAUCAUGAAGGUCGAGUCACUUAAGGUCAUUGACCUCAGUGACCUGUGACCUUGAAAAAUGAUUUUGCAAAAUAUUAGUUCAUUAAAUAAUGAAAAAGAGUGCGCCUGUUUUGAAACGUUUCCAAUUUUUUGCAAUAUCGUUUUUCAAGGUCACAGGUCACUGAGGUCAAUGACCUUAAGUGACUCGACCUUCAUGAUCGAUACAUGGUUCGAUAGGUUAGGUCAUUAGAAAAACUUUUUGUACUUACAUGUUUUUGCGUAUCUCUAGCAGAAAAUAAAUUAUCGCUGUUUGAAAAUUAAUUUCGUUUGCGGAAAAGCGAUUUUUCACUGUUUUUUAUUUUCAAUUAAAAAUAUCAAUUAAACAGAAAAAGUUACCAAUCUGAAAAUCAAGUAUUUUGUUCUACACACUUAGGGCUACAUUGUUUUGUAUAUCACAAAAAAAAUCCAAGGUGUGCUUCUUUGCGAAAAUUGCGUUUGAAAGUGAAAUUUGCUAAUUAGUGACCUUGACCUUUGACCUACGCAAAAAUAAUCAACAGCAAAGUUGUCGGGCGUGAAAAGUUACGUCUGGUAGUGAAAAGAGCAUUCAUAUAUUCUCAUUUUUAGCAAAGAUAUUCAAUAUUUUCUGUUUUUGGAAAAAUCCGAUUUCCCGGAAAAGCGCACCAUAUUUUAAGCUGAAAAUUUAGGAGAAGUUACCUUUCAACAACCCCAACAACAUAUGUGAAAAUCAAAAUGGUAACUUUUCACUGCCAAUUACACCUCAUCCUUUCCCGAUUUCACCCUAUAUUUUAAUCUAAUAUAUGAAAUUGAAAUUCAUGCCUGAUGUUUAAUUUACUUUCACUUAGCAAGCAAGCAAAAUCAUUAAUUAAUUUAAUUUGGAAUUCUUAUGAACGUAUUAGUUACUAAUUUCAUGUACAAAACAAUUUUGAUUGUGUAACUUGACUGUAAAACAAGAUGUUUUUUUAUUGAAAGCACUUAAUAUGACAAAUGAUGACUUAUUAUAUUAUGCAUACAUAGGCUGAGGCAACGCCAAAAGAGCUUUUAAAUAAUAAGAUCCUGGAAUAAUUUUCUAUAAUAAAUAUUCUAAUUUGAUUUGAA